AUUAUGUUCGAAUUGUCAUAUCCCAUAGGUCAGUCGCCAAUCGUCAGUCAGUGAGUCGCAAUGGCCGAAAGUAAAGGUUCGUUGUUAGCAAAAUCGGUUCAAAAACAUUUGGGACGAUCGAAGGAAAAGAUACUCCAAAAUUUAGGCAAAGUUGAUCGUACUGCCGAUGAAAUAUUUGACGAACACCUAACGAAUUUUAGUCGACAACAGAUCAAUGCAACUAAAUUACAGAAAGAGUUUAACAAUUACAUUAGAUGCAUUCGAGCAUGUCAAACAGCAUCGAAAUCACUGAUGGAUGCCAUUUGUGAUGUGUACGAAACGUCAUGGUCGGGCGCCGAGGCACUACACGCUCAAGUUUCAGCCAUCGAAGGGCUGUGGCAAGAGUUCUCUCACAAACUGGGCGAUCAAGUGUUAAUACCGCUUAAUGGAUACACUGCUCAAUUUCCUGAAAUGAAGAAAAAGAUAGAAAAACGUAAUAGAAAACUUAUUGACUACGAUGGUCACAGGCACUCAUUUCAGAGUCUUCAAGCUAACGCCGCGAAACGAAGGGAUGAUGCAAAGGUAACGAAAAGUCGUGAACAACUUGAAGAAGCCCGUCGAACUUAUGAAAUUUUAAACACUGAAUUGCACGACGAACUACCGGCCCUUCACGACUCGCGAAUACUAUUUUUAGUAACAAAUUUACAAACACUUUUUGCAUCCGAACAAGUAUUUCAUAAUGAAACAGCUAAGAUUUUUGCAGAGUUUGAAGCUAUCGUUGAUAAAUUGGCAACAGACUCACAGCGGGGAUCGUACACGAUUAAGAAACUUUCAGGCAAUUCAAAUCCGUCUAGCCCCCCACAAUCGCCGGUAAAACUUUCAUCGACUGUUGCGCCUGCCGUUAACAACACCAGCUACACAAAUACAUUGACAAAUGGUUCGACUAAUGGAAAUGGACCUUCAUCACCACCAAGUUCUCCUUCACCCAAAGAACUUCGUCCAGCCCAGUCCACUGAGCCAACAACGCCAUCGAGUCAACCUGAUCGCAGCUCGUCUGUAUCUCUGGGCGAUAGUCCAGCCAGUAUCUCGCCCGUCGAUAACGAACCAUCCAGUCCGACGGCCAAUGAUUUAAAUAAAUCGAAGGCAGAAUCGGUGAAAGAAGCUGUAGUGCAAUCAACGAAUGAUGUUGAGAACAGCACGAACGCAAAUGUAAUCGUAACAAAUGAUGCCGAAAGUUUGAGUAAAUUAGCGAACGAGGAUACCAAUAAAACUGCUAAUGAAACGAUCGACAAUGCCAAUAUUAUAAGUAGCACUACGGGCUUAUCAGGUCCAACAGUAACCGCCAAACACAAUAACAAUAAAGUGGAAGAACUCUAUGAUAUACCUGCGGGUGCGACAAUAACAGAUCUUCCGCCAGGUGUCUUAUACCGUGUUAAGGCGACCUACAAAUAUGUGAAAGAGGACAUGGACGAAUUGAGCUUCGAAGUUGGCGAUACCAUCAAUGUCAUAGAAUAUGAUGAUCCUGACGAUCAGGAGGAAGGAUGGUUGAUGGGCGAAAAAGAAGGAACAACCGAAAAGGGCCUAUUCCCAGCGAACUUUACGCGUCCAUUGUAACAUCGUUUGACCUAUGUGACUACUGCCUUUACACCGACCACUCGAGAGGUAGUAUUAUCAUUAAAUCGUACUAGUAGUAAAUACAAAAACCAACAAACAACGUAAACGACUUUCGUAGCGAGAAAUACAUAGAAAGUGAGCGGGAGAAAUUUGAUUAGAGAAAUUUACUAAAGGUUGACAUCAGUUUGAAAGAAAUAAAUUUAAAAAAAAAUUGGUAUUGUGUAUUUAGGAGAGGAAAAUUAAUCAACACAUCUUCCAGUAGAUACUUUAUGUUGUCGAAAUAUGUUAUGGAAACAAGACUUUGACCAUAAAAAAUCUUUUACAUCAGAAUUAUACAGUUGUGACAAGCGAAAAUACAUAUUUUACUAUUCAAUACAGACAGAAUUUGUACUAACCGGAGUGUAAUAUUUUAUAAAUGAAAAUUAAACAAAAAAAAAAAGUUUUCACAAACUUUUAGGGUUAGACUUAACCGUGGCAUACAGAUCUAAAAAAAAACAAUUAUUUUUUAAUUUAAUGGAAAUCCUUUUAUUUUAUUAAAGUGAACAUUAUGCUUACAUUGUUAUGUUGAUAAAAAUAAUUAUCAUUUAUAUUACACAAAGUAUAACCGAUUUUCUUUUGAUUUUCUUUUUUUUUGUUCUUUUGUCCAACAUGAGGAUUUUAUUUUUAAAACAAAACAUUAAUUUAUGUAAAUAGAAUCGUUUUUCUUUUGCCAUUUUUCGUUAACUUAGCUUAAUUUAUUUAGGCGAAAAAUUAUGUCUACAUUAUCUCGUAUACCAAUUGCAGACGUUAGCAAAUCGUCAGUUCUUUCCCUUGGGGAAUUGUUAAACGUUCAUGUCGCAUCCUCCAGGAACAAUCAUGAAGAAAUCAAUGAAAUAGAAAUUUAAGCAGAAUGGCUUUUUAACCAUUAGAUGUGUAAUUAAAACACGAGACUGCAGGUUCCAACUCACGAAAAGUCAAACUUUCGUCGCCUUUAUUGAAACAAAAACGUUGUGUCCUUUUUUAGGACUAUGGCCUCGAGUGAUAAUCUUCCCAUCUACUAGUGGCAUAAACAACUAUUUACUAUUCAAAGAAGUGAAAACUAUUUUUUAUACUUGCUUUGGAUUUCCUACUGAAAGGGAAAGGGACUUAUUACAUCACUAGAAAAAACAAGAGGAGUGGUCUGCGAGCACACAACACGUAUACAUUUACAUUACAAAACUCGGGACAAAAAUGAAACGUCACAUUUUCUUCUAAUUGGUUACCUCGGCUUCGCCUCGGACCAUGAAACUUCACAUGAAAGCUGCACUUUCUUCAAUUUUUAUCCUUUGUCAUCGUAUAUUAAUCAAUAUUUCUCUUGCACUCUUGAAGAAAAUUGUCUAUCUGAGAACUCACGAAAAAGCAGUUUAUCGUUUUUCAUUCGACCUAUAUGUAAUGGAUCAUACUAAUUCACAAGGUGCCGAAGGUGAAAAGUUUAAAAAAAAAUCAAUUUCAAGUUGCACAGUCAAGGAUUUGGUUUGAUGCACACACAUUGUAAUACGGUCGAACAAUAGUAUUUUACAUGACUAGGGAUAAAAAGAUGAAAAGUAGAGUUUUCGUGUGAAUUUUGUUGACAUGUAGCAUGUAAAAAAAAAUUGAAUUGAAACUGGAUCGUACCACGGAAAAAUUCACUUUAAAACGCAAAUGUGAACCGGCAGCUUCCAUUUAAAAACCUGUGUUUGUAACACGUGUCUUAAUAGCGACAUGUUGCCAAAUUCGUCUUCAGCUAGGGUUUGCAUUGGUUGUCUGUCAAGGUCUUCGUGUAAACUGAGGUAUAAGUCUGCACAUACAUGAUACGUUGGAAAAGCUACACAUUAUUGAUAUACGAGACGAUUUAUUCAUUUUAAUUUUGUAGAAUUUUCUUAUUUUCAGUGUUUUUAUAGUCCCAUUGAUUCAUUUGUUUAUUAUUUGAUUUAUAAUCUGAGCUGUAAAGAAUCUACCUUUUCAUCGAACUAUAUUAAUUUGCAGUGUCGAAUGAAAACUCUGCAAAAGCUCAAUGACAUAUGGCCAAUGUAUUACACAUAUUAUAGUGCCUUUCGUUAAACAUGAAAGAUUGUUUUUUAAAUGAAACUCGGAUCGAAUCAAAAAUUUAAACAGAAAAUGAUUUUUUUUAUUAGAAAACAAAGAGUGAGUUUUAACUUAUAUGCAAAAAAAACGAAAAUAAUGAAGAAAAACAAAUGGAAAUUGAAAAAAAUUUGUGUCAACCAGCAACUAAAUUUGUACUGCCAAAUGUACAAUAAAUCAAAAUUGGAAUUAAUAACGUUUUGGGUAAAUAUUUUAUAUAAAAAUUCGUGAAAAGUGAACUAAAAUCACAAGAUGUAGACGUGUGACUCUAGAGAAACAAAAUAGAAAAUAGAAAAAUUACUGUGCCAGAAAAAAAUCGUUUAAUCAAAUUUCGUAUUAGAUUUCGGAUAAGUUUUUACGUUUUAUAUCGAGUAAAUUGAGAAUCGAUAUCCGGGUUGUGAGACGAGAAAAUCGAAACGUCGU